GCCACCCGGUACUGGCCCCGCUGCCAGCCCCAUUCCUGCUCCGGCUGCCGCCAGGCAUCCCAGUGCUCCCCGCAGCCACUCGGGUCGGGAUCGGUGCUUCCCGGUGCCUCCCGGUGCGUCCCGCCCCCCCUGCCAGGUGCGGCAGUACCGGGGAGGGGUUUGCUCCGGGCUGGGAGCCCAGGAACAUUCCUGUGGGAGCCAGAGCGUUCCCGGGACCAGCCACCAGCACUGGCACCGACACCGGCACACAAUGUUUUGCCGUAACCAGCGGAGCCGGGUGACGGUGGCCCGUGGCUCGGCGCUGGAGAUGGAGAUCCGACGUGGCCGAUGCCGGCUCAGCCUCCUGGCCGACUCCCCGCAGGACACGGAGAUCCAGCGGAAGAUGGAGCGGGAGCUGCGGCUGCGGGAGGGGGCCUGCAAGCUGCUGGCCGCCUGUAGCCGGCGGGAGCAGGCGCUGGAGGCCGCCAAGAGCCUCCUGGUCUGCAACAGCCGCGUCCUGGCUUACAUGGCCGAGCUGCAGCGCAGGAAGGAGGCGCAGGUGUUGCGGCGGACGGCCAGGCGCCCUUCGGAUGCCGGCCCCACGGACGAGCGCCUGCCCUGCCGGGGAACCGUCUGCAUCUCAGACCUGCGCAUCCCGCUGAUGUGGAAGGACACGGAGUAUUUCAGGAAUAAGGGAGAGCUGCACCGCUGCGCCGUCUUCUGCCUGCUGCAGCUCGGGGCGGAGAUCCACGACACCCCCAUGGUGCUGGUGGACCGGACCCUCACCGACAUCUGCUUCGAGAGCGCCGUCCUCUUCUCGGAGGCCGGUCCCGACUUCGAGUUGAAGGUGGAGCUGUACAGCGCGGGGUUGGCAGGGGGGUCGGCGCAGGGCAGCACCCCCAGGAAGCUGGCCACCCGCCUCAGCACCUCCCUGGGACGUUCCUCCGGCAAACGGGUGCGCGCCGCCAUGGACGGGGCUCCCGGCAGCCCCCCGGGCAACGGGGGCACCAGCCCCCUCCUCCUGCCGGCCCCCAGCGUGCCGGGUCCCAAAUUCCACCUGCUGGCACAUGCCGUCCUCUCCCUGGCUGAGGUGCAGGAUGGCUUCCGCACCCACGACCUCGCCAUCGCCAGCAACGAGGAGAGCUCCUUCUGGCUGCCCCUCUACGGCAGCAUGUGCUGCCGCCUGGCUGCACAGCCCCGCUGCAUGGCCGCCCCCGUGACCAGCGGCUUCCUCCGGCUGCAGCAGCCGGGGGCCGAGGCGCAGAGCGGGGCCCGUCUGUACUGCGUCCUGCGCGGCACCGACCUCCUCUGCUACCACGACCCCGGCGAGGCCGAGGCCGGGCUGGAGCCGGCCCUCACCAUCGCCGUCAACAAGGAGACCCGCAUCCGCGCGGCGGAGCGGGAGGGGCGCGGGCAGCCCCACGGCAUGGCCGUCACCAACCGGUACGGCGGCGAGGAGGUGACCCACACGCUGCUGGCCGAGAGCCGGGCCGAGGCGCAGCGAUGGAUGGAAGCCUUCUGGCAGCACUUCUACGACAUGAGCCAGUGGAAGCAGUGCUGUGACGAGCUGAUGAGGAUCGAGGUGCCACCACCACGCCGGCCACCCGCCAUGCUGCCCCGGCAGGGCUCGCUCUACCACGAGAUGGCUAUUGAUCCGUCCGACGACAUCGAGGCGGUGACAGACAUCCUCACGCAGCGGGCGGGGGGCCGGGUGCCGGGGACCCCCCCGUGGCUCUCCCUCUUCGAGGAGCCCCCCCUGCACGCCACCCCCUCUGGCCGGGCGACCAGCCCCAGCCCCCCCGCCCGCCGCCCCUGGGGCCGCCCCCGCACCCUCUCCCUGGACGCCAAGCUCAGCACCCUGAAGGGGCGGGGGGCCCGGCGGGCGGCCCCCCCCCAGCACCCCUUGCCCCACGGCUCCAGCUCCUCCAGCAGCGGCAGCAGCAGCCCGGCCAUGGAGCACGACCACCCCGGCCCUCUCCAGUCCCAGGUCUGAGCCUCAGGACCCUCGGGGGGGGACAUGGCACCCUCCAGCCCCCAGGGUGGCUGUGGAGGGGUGACACGGCAAGGGGUCCUGCCCCAGGGCGGGGUGGGGGGGGAGGGGGUGCUGAGCCCAGG